AUGGAUAUGCUUCGAGGAGAAUCUGUUGUAGAUGCACAAUCAUUGGCAUGUUUUUUCUAUAUUCUACGGGUUGGUGUGAUUGAUCAAGUGACUGAACCUACAAAAAGGGUCUUCUUAGUUAAUCUAGGAAAGCAGGUUCUUGUUGAAUUCAAGGAGGUUCUUGAUGACACAGCAGUAGCAGCAAUGUCCAACUCUUCACCUCUUGUUGAGCUUGAUUCCUUAAGUGAACAAGCUACAGUUUUGGUUGCACUUGCAUCUGUCUCCCCAAAUCUGCCUCGUGGUUAUCCAGCCAGAACAAUGCUUGAUGUAGCUAGAAAAAUGAUAACAGAAGCUAGCAGGAACCAUGUGGUUGCUACAUUUGAAAAAGAAGCUGGAUGGUUACUUCUCUCAUCCUUGUUGUCUUCCAUGCCAAAGGAGGAGAUGGAAGACCAGGUGUUUGAUAUUCUUUUGUUAGGGGCUGAUGUCUUUAGUGGUCGUGGGCAACAGCCUCAAGCAGAUUCAUCUGAGUAUAUAUCUUCUAAAAUAAGGUUGUACAGAGCACAGGGUAUGUAUUCAACUUCAUCAAUUGUGCGCCAGCACAUUCGCAAGUAUCUACCCGAGCUGCUUUCUUUAAUAUCAGAAUUAUGGUCAUCAUUCAGUCUCCCAGCAGCUAAUCGUCUUGUUCAUGGACCCCCAAUCCUGCACCUAGUUGAACAACUUUGUCUGGCCCUGAACGAUGAAUUCGGGAGAUAUCUUCCUAUAAUUCUUCCAUGUUUUAUUCAAGUUAUGAGUGAUGCUGAAAGGUGUAAUGAUUGCACUUAUGUCCGUGAUAUUCUCUGCACCUUGAAAGUUUUUGGUGGAACAUUGGAUGAAAAAAUGCAUAUACUUCUUCCUGCUCUCAUAGGAUUAUUUAAAGUGGAUGCUUCUGUUGACAUAAGGCUUGCUGCUAUAAAAACCUUGAUAAGAUUAAUCCCUCCUGUUCAGCUUAAUGAAUUUUUUUUGGGUUUGUAA